CUGCUGAUGACGGAUGCAUGUGCAACAUUGCUGUCAAAAAAGUGCAUUAUGAACAUCAAUUUCGACCGUGACGAAACGUUUUAAGGUUGACCCGAUUGUAUUGAAUUUAUAGUUCGUCUUGGCUGUUUCUUGCUUAAUUUUUUUGUCGAAAACGGAAAAUCGCUCUGUGUACAACCAAUGGAGGACGAAAUUAUGAUCGUCCCAAGCGGACCACCCGAUUCUUUUUGCCGGUUGUGCUUCUCAGAAUCAAAUGUGGAGUUGUUGCUGGUACCUGGGGUCUUUCCACAGCCCAACCAGCCGCUAGUUGAUUUGGUUAAACGGUACAUCAACAUUCGUUUAACUGAUCAGCAGGAAAUGCCGUGCGGCAUCUGUAGCGCUUGCCGGAUGAUGCUGGAAGAGUUCAAUCGCUUCCGGGAACGUUGUUUGCGAUGUGACUUGGUAUUAAACGGCGCGGGCGGUCCGUGUAUUCAAGAACCUUUGUGUGCUGAAACUUUCUUCACCGAUUUGCCAUUUCUAUGUGAUAUAUGCGAUAGCGGAUUUUUUUCUAGAGGUUAUCUGGAUGCGCACAAGGCAAACUUUCACGCCGAAGUAACUGUGGGAGGUGCUAUGGAUCAUUAUAGAUGUAUGCACUGUCCUCGUAUAUUUGCUUCAGCGGGACAUAUGCGUCUUCAUAUGAGAAGCAUUCAUGAACCAGCUCAUUUGAAUUCUGUUCCAACAAAAAGAAGAAAAAAGCGUACGGUGAACACCGAACAGGAACCGCCGAUUAUUCCACCGUUAGUUCCACUUAUUGGACGCGAGUCACAAUUUGCUGCAUUAGAAACUGACAUUGUGACAAAUAUAAAUCAAGCACCUAAUAUAGAACAGCCUAUAGUGGAUGAAGGGAAAAAGCCGUUUGAAUGUUCGACCUGUUUCACUCGGUUCCAUUUUAUUGGAUCGCUCAAAAGACAUGUCGCUGAUAGCCAUUCUAGGCAAGUUAACAAACAGGAGAUGAAAAAUGCUGCUCCAAAUAAAAAUCGUGCUCGUGCCAAAACAAUUCCUGUUCCGACGAUUGAACCGAUACCGAUUGAGAUACAACCAUACGUAUUACCUUCGUCGGCAGAUGACGUACACCAAAUAGACGAUGUUCAGGUGAAUGAGAUACUCCCUGAAAUUUUUGUCGUAGAUGAGGCACAGGAGAUGAAUCAAGCGCCUAGCCCAUUACAGCAGGAACCCACGAUAUCCGAAUGUUUAGUCUUUCUAGAACGCCUGAACGAUAAUAUUAUUCCUCCAAUCCGUAACUACGAAAUUCCGCUUGGAAAAUUCUUCCAUUCGCUGCAGAUGAGAGCACAAAAUGCCACCCUCGUUGAUAAAACCGUGGAGGACGAGAUCAAAAGAAUUUAUCCGUCACUGUCAAAACAGUCCAAACGGGUGUUCUACUGUGACCUUUGCGGACAUCCCUGUCAAAGUCGAAUGGCUCUUACGCGUCAUAUGAUGCGCCACAACGACAUAUCGUUCCCUUGCGAAGAUUGUGGUAGGAUAUUUCAGGACAAGAGCAGUCUGGAUCGACACAUGCCGCAACACACCUGCGAUUUUCCUCAUCCAUGCGAUGAGUGCCCGUUGGGAUUUGUUCGGAGAGGCUUACUCAAUAAGCACAAAGAACGAUACCAUGGACCGAAUGCGGCACCACUCAAUCUGUUCUACUGUUCGUUCUGUCCGAGGGCUUUCACCAAUCAACAACAGUUGAAAAAUCAUCGCGCAGUUAUGCACGUCAGCCAGGCGGAGGAGUACUGAGCAGCUUUGGCUGAGUUGGGGAAUUAUGAUUAUAUAUCAUAUGGUAAGUUACGAUUUGUGGAAUAUAUGUUUUCAUUUCGGAUCAAUACAAAGCUAUCGGAUAGGUUUAGUAUAUAACCAAACCAAAAAAGCAAAAAUACCUUUCUUGGUCUGAUGACGGUCUUUGAAGUUGUAGCGUAGGGUUGACUCGAAUAAGUGGAAUUGUAAACUGUGUAAGGAUAUUCAGAAAGAUUCGUAAAACAGAAUAAUUCAUAAAUCUCACCCUAGAAAUUGAUGGAGAUUAAAUAACUAGCUCAGAUAGUGUCGCAUCUCCUGUGUGAAAUGAAUUGAAAGAAUGAACCAACUCCUGUGAACUAGAACGAAUUUAUUGCAAAGAGAUAAAACAUUUUCUCAUGUGCACAAUGAGCAGUCUGAACCACCUUUGUGAAUUACACAGUUUUUUUUAUAAAAGCUUAGUGCUUCGGAUUCUCCUCUUCAUUAACUAACUCCACCUUAAUGCUAGUCAUAAACAGCACCAAAUUGGAGCCAGUUAGACACUAAAAUCCAAAUAGUCACUUAUCUUGCUUGAACGCUGAAACAACUGGCUAGUAUCGAGUGAUGUCUCGGUAGUACGUCACACAGACUUGGCUCAAGAACCUAACUUCAAAGCAGGAAAAAUACUGUUCGUAAGCUAUUAACUCUCGCUUUUGCGGGUUUUAGCAAAACUGAAAUGAAUAGGGCUCGGGAAGUGCGACAUGCGUGUAUCCUGGUAAAUUA